AUCUGUACAAGGAGGCCAUGAUGGAGGAGCACCAGCCUCUUAUAUCACAAGGUGUCAUGAAGAAAACCAGCAAUAUGACCCUUCUCCUGAAUAAGCCACCAAGGAUGGACAGGAAGGAGAUCAGCAGAAGAAUAUUAGACCUCACCUUGGAGAUCAUCUCCCUGCUGAUCCGAGAGAAAAUCCCAGUAAGAAUUCUGAAGAAAACAUCAUGUUAUCACAAAAUUAUAAAGCAGAAGAUGAAGAUAUCAUGCAGCGCUCUUCAGGAGAAAACGUCAAUGUACAUUUUGGACUUCACAAUACAGAUCUGUCAGAAAGGGGGUAAAAGGCUCCAGUGUGGUAAAGUGGUUUCAGAAAGCGCAGGCAUUUCUACAUACAGAAGCGAGAAACCAUAUUCAUGUUCAGAAUGUGGGAAGUGCUUUACGGAGAAAUCAAAUCUUCUCAGACAUGAGAGAAGUCACACAGGAAAAAAACCGUAUUCAUGUUCAAAAUGUGAGAAAUGUUUUUAUCAAAAAUCUGAUCUUGUCAAACAUGAAAUAAUUCACACAGGAGAGAAGCCAUACUCAUGUACAGAAUGUGGGAAAUGUUUUAAUCAAAAAUCAGAUCUUGUUAAACAUAAGAGAAUUCACACAGGAGAGAAGCCAUAUUCAUGUUCAAAAUGUGGGAAGCGCUUUACUGAGACGUCAAAUCUUCUUAGACAUGAGAGAAGUCACAUAGGAGAAAAACCGUAUUCAUGUUCAGAAUGUGGGAAAUGUUUUGCACGAAAAUCAAAUCUUGUUAAUCAUGAGAGAAUUCACACAGCUGAGAAACCAUAUUCAUGUUCAGAAUGUGGGAGAAGUUUUAAAGAUAAAGCAAGUCUUGUUAUUCAUGAGAGAAGUCACAUAGGAGAAAAACCAUAUUCAUUUUCAGAAUGUGGGAACAAAAAAUCACAAACAUCAGACCUUGUUGCCCAUGAGAGAAUCCACACAGGAGAGAAGCCUUAUUCGUGUUCAGAAUGUGAUAAGUGCUUUACAGGGAAAUCAAAUCUUCUUAGACAUACGAGAUGUCACACAGGAGAAAAAACAUAUUCAUGUUCAGAAUGUGGGAAAUGUUUUAAACAAAAAUCUGAUCUUGUUAAACAUGAGAGAAUUCACACAGGAGAGAAGGCAUAUUCAUGUUCAGAUUGUGGGAAAUGUUUUAAUAGAAAAUCAGUUCUUGUUAAACAUGAGAGAAUUCACACAGGAGAGAAGCCGUAUUCCUGUUCAGAAUGUGGGAAGUGCUUUACAGAAAAAUCAAAUCUUGUUAAACAUGAAAGAAUUCACACAGGUGAGAAACCAUAUUCAUGUUCAGAAUGUGGGAAAUGCUUUAUAGAUAAAUCAGAUCUUGUUAUUCAUGAGAGAAUUCACACAGGAGAGAAGCCAUAUUCAUGUUCAGAUUGUGGGAAAUGUUUUAAUAGAAAAUCAGAUCUUGCUAAUCAUGAGAGAAUGCACACAGGAGAAACAUAUUCAUGUUCAGAAUGUAAGAAAUGUUUUAAACAAAAAUCAGUUCUUGUUAAACAUGAGAGAAUUCACACAGGAGAGAAGCCGUAUUCCUGUUCAGAAUGUGGGAAGUGCUUUACAGAUAAAUCAAAUCUUGUUAAACAUGAGAGAAUUCACACAGGUGAGAAACCAUAUUCAUGUUCAGAAUGUGGGAAAUGCUUUAUAGAUAAACCAAGUCUUGUUAUUCAUGAGAGAAUUCACACAGGAGAGAAGCCAUAUUCAUGUUCAGAAUGUGGGAAGUGCUUUACAGCAAAUUCAAAUCUUCGUAAACAUAAGAGAAGUCACACAGGAAAAAAAACAUAUUCAUCUGAGAGGCCAUUUUCAUGUUCAGAAUGUGAGAAAUGUUUUAAACAAAAAUCUAAUCUUGUUAAACAUGAGAGAAUUCACACAGGAGAGAAACCCUAUUCAUGUUCAGAAUGUGGGAAAUGUUUUUCAGAUAAGUCAAAUCUGGUUAGACAUGAGAGAAGUCACACAUGA